ACUGCUGCACUGGUAAGGAUCAAUUCAGUCCAAAACAUUUCCUGUUUCUGGAAUGUAAAUGUUUCAAUUAUUUGCUUUUUCACAGCUCCUAUCAUUGUACUCACACCAAUCUCGGUCCAGAAUGUGACUGGUGCUCAAGUCUACCUAUCCUGUGAAGUGAAAGCUGUUCCAACUCCCAUUAUCACUUGGAGGAAGGUUACUGAGUCUCCCAAAGGAGUCAAGCUCUUGGAGGAGUUACCUGGCGACCGAGUGAAUGUUGCGGUUCAAGUUCGUGGUGGACCAUCCAAACAUGAAAGCACAGGAUGGGUUUUGAUUAAUCCACUGACGAAGGAAGAUGAAGGUGUCUAUCAGUGUCAUGCCAACAAUAUCCUUGGAGAGGCUCAGACAGAAGGUACAAUCAAGGUCACGGAGAAAGCCCCUCGAGCUAAAGGUAAGAAGAGGAAUGGUGUCCAAAAGGAAGAAAGCUAAGCCCUGACUCCAAAUGUGAUCACCAUCAACUUCACACUGAGAAAUCCAUACAGUGCUUUUUAGGGAUUAGGUAAAGGUGCGAUAUAGCUAACUAUAUUGCAAAUGAUGUAUUUUGUACCUUUUUUUGACUUUUGUACAUUUUAUAAGGUAACAUUGGUAGGCAUAGCAUAAAAGUUGCAACUUUCAAAAUCUCCAGGGGCUUGAGAAUCAAAAUCAUUUAGUUUUGAACAGAAAGGGGUGAGAUUGUGAGUAUUUAAAUCUCACAGCAGCUAUGAAAUGUGGAGACAGGGUGUAAUAUGGUAGCACCAUAACAAGGGUAAUUAGCUAUAGUAAAUUAUUUUAUGCUACAUUAACCAAUUUUAAUCUUUCAUCCCUGAUAAAACGUUUAACUUUUAAACCACAAACUAGGCUGGUCAUCUGCAGUGCUGCCAAUAGUCUUUUUUAUAGAUUUCUUUAAAAGCUGUACUUUUAUAUUUUUAAGGAAUUUAUCUUCUAAUGUACUGAAUUAACAAAGUGGAACCUUUACAACUGCUGAGUUCCCUGCUACAAUUUUAAUAAAAAUUACAACUUGUGAGUUAAUGGGUGCUGUCACAGGAAGUAUCCAGCUAUGGCUAAUUCAAUAUGGAGGCUUUCAAAAAGAACUCUUGAAGCCGUAAUGUAACCAUGAUAUGCAUACCAAUUUAGUUGUCUUUGUUCUGUAUUCAUUUUGAAAUUUUAAUAAAUCCCUUCUCUUCAAAA